AUGAGCAGCCAAAACGUCUCUGUAGCGUAUUUGUCUGCCGGCGCCAAUAGGCAAACCGCGGUUGCGGACUGGAGUCGGGGUGGCCUGCUGGCGUUUGGCGCAGACACCAACGUUGCCUUUUGGGCACCAGAGGAUGAUGCUCAAAGAGGAAUAUCGGGGCUGUUGAGCGGACAUGGGGAUGUUGUCAAGGCUGUGACGUUUCUCCCGGAAGAGGACGGCGAUGAGGCAAGCUAUCUCAUCAGCGGCGCCAACGACAAAUCUCUCAUCAUUUGGAAAUCCACUCCAGACCAAUCGAAAUUUGAACUGCUGCACACAUCACACGACCAUGCCGGCGCCGUCAACUGCAUUGCGGCAAUCCGUCUCACCAGUAAGCCGGCGAAAUGGCUCAUCGCGAGCGGUGCCGCCGACGCCACUAUGCACAUCUGGAGCUUUGAGUCGGACAAGCUCGAGCUGCUCCAGACCAUUAAAACAACGCCCAAAUUUUUCCCCCUUUCCUUGGCUCUGAGCUGGCUUAGCGAUGACGCCAACGUGCUUAUUCUGUCUGCGGCCGGCACCAAGGACAGUAUUCAGAUUCUUACCGCAGAGGCCAAGGCCGACGCCAUUCAGUUCCAAGUACAGGCCACCCUGCGCGGCCACGAGGGCUGGAUUCGGUCACUGAGCUUUGCGAGAGAAAGCAGCUCACCAGGGAGCGAUUUGCUGCUCGCGUCAGCCAGCCAGGAUAAAUACGUACGUAUUUGGCGAUUCCACCAGGGUAAGGAGCUGCCCGCGGCGACCGCCGAUGGUGCCGACCCGUCCAACGGCGCCUACAUGCCCGGCAAGUCGCCUUCAAACAAGGCGCACUGGAUCAAAGCCGCCGGCCAGGACUUUUCCGUCACCUUUGAGGCGCUGCUGCUAGGACACGAGGACUGGAUCUACAGUGCCCGGUGGCACACGCGCACAGACGGCACGCUCCAGCUCCUGUCCACGUCGGCGGACAACUCUCUCGCCAUCUGGGAGGCGGAUCCAACCUCUGGUAUCUGGGUGAGCGCAGUGCGGCUGGGCGAAAUCAGUCGCGAAAAGGGCGCCACGACGGCCACGGGAAGCACGGGCGGCUUCUGGACCGGCCUAUGGUCGCCCGACGGCACCUCGGUCGCCUGUCUCGGUCGCACGGGCAGCUGGCGCCGGUGGGUGCACGACGCCGCCGAGGACGCGUGGCGCCCCUGCGUCGCCGUCUCGGGGCACACAAAGGCCGUCACGGGCAUCGCCUGGUCCAAAGGCGGCGAGUACCUGCUAUCGACCAGCCUGGACCAGACGACGCGACUGCACACGAAAUGGACGUCGUCGGACGCCAACACGUGGCACGAAAUGUCGCGGCCGCAGAUCCACGGCUACGACCUCAACUGCAUAGACUCCAUCAGCGCCACGCAGUUUGUGUCGGGCGCCGACGAGAAGCUGAUGCGCGUCUUUAGCGAGCCGCGUGCCGUCGCCGCGAUGCUGCACCGUCUCGGCGGCAUCGGCAGCGCCAGCGCGGGCGCGUCCAUGCCCGACGCCGCCAACAUGCCUGUGCUCGGUCUCUCCAAUAAGGCUAUUGACGCCGUCGUAGACGACGAUACCGACAUUCAGCCCGUCGACGACCGCGAUCGCGAGGCCGUGGACCCCGCAUCCGUGGUCAAGAAGUCGCAGCUGGACCUUGACCGCCCGCCGUUUGAGGAGAUUCUGUCGCGCGCAACGCUUUGGCCGGAAACCGAAAAGCUCUACGGUCACGGCUACGAGCUGUCGUGUCUUGCGGCCAGCCACGACGGCCGCCUCGUCGCCAGCGCCUGCAAGGCCAGCUCGCUCAAUCACGCCGUAAUCCGGCUCUUCGAGACGGCGCGCUGGACAGAGCUCCGGCCGCCGCUGGCCGCGCACACGCUGACCGCGACCCGGCUGCGCUUCGCCCCCGACGACGCGUUUCUGCUCAGCGUCGGCCGCGACCGCCAGUGGGCCGUGUUCGCGCGGUCUUCUGCCGCCGCCGAUGGCGCCUCCGCGGAGACGCCAUAUGCGCUGCUGCAGGCCAACCCAAAGGGCCACACGCGCAUGAUUCUCGACUGCGCCUGGGCGCCCGUGCCUGAUGACGCGAGCCACCCGCGGAUCUUUGCCACCGCCGGACGUGACAAGCAGAUCCGCCUGUGGCGCGGCCAGGCCAACGCCGAGGGCCGGAUCGAGUUUGCGCAGGCGGCGGCUGUGUCGACGGGCGUGCCGGUCACCGCCGUCGACUUUCUGCCGCGGGCGGUUGGGGGCCAGGACCGAUACGUUCUGGCUUUUGGCACCGAGACUGGGCGCGUCGGCACGUAUCUGGUGUCGGCGGACGGCGCAGAGGCUACGGAGCAGCCGCUGCCUGCUCACAUGCAGCUACCCAAGACGGUGCUGCAGCUCGCAUGGCGGCCCUGGCAGCAAGGAAGCUCUGCUACUGCAGAGCUUGCCGUCGCCGGCGAGGACUCUUCGCUGCGAUUGUACGCCUUUAAAGAUGGCUUUUUGCAAAGCACCUAA